AUGGAAAAAGAUUGCAUAAAGAUAGAUCAGGAAAAGUUGAAAAAACUAGAAGCAAAGUUAGCUGAGGGCUUGCAGGAUCUGGCUGCGGUUGGGAGCGUGUUUGAUGGAAGCGUGAAUGAGAUCUCUAAAAUGCUCAAGAGUUUGGACAUGGACUUUCUGGCGGAGCAAUCCACCGAGGAGUUUAAAGAGAUCGUGCAGUUCGGCAUAGACGAAGGCCUGCUAAGCAUAGGGAGCAACAUAGGAAACAAGAGUAAACAGGAGACAGAAGCCAUCCAGAUAGCGGUCACCCAAGCCGUACUGGCCAAAGUCACUAAAAACAUCCGGGAAAACUUGAAAAAAUGCUUUUUAAUCGGCGGGGCCAUCCAGAGAGAUCUGAAAAAAAGCAUUAAGUCUAAAUUAGAAGCAGGCGCUCCUGUUGUGAAGAGCAAACGAGCAGCCCAGAUAAAAGAGGCCCUGCACGAAAACCAGGCAACCAUAUCGAAGACGUUCCGUGGUAUAGUAGAGUUCUGUGUCGAAAAGGUAAACGAAUUAGACUACUAUGCCAUACUGGACAACCAGCUAAACAAACAGGAGUCAUUACAACAAGAGGAGAAAAACCUCCCCAAAAAAAGGGGUAAAGCAGCAAAGCGCAGCUCUGCUUCACGGGGUGCUAAUGGCCGCUCAAAUGCGCGCUUCAGAAGCCGCGUGUGGAUCAUCUUGGUUGUGGCCCUUCUUCUACUCAUAGUAAUUAGCUACACGUUCCUAUAUACAUACAUGUAUCCGAACACAGCCUUUGCUCUAGCAGUCAAAGGCUUUAUGAAAUCGCUAAAACACCUUAUAAACCAAGAGAAUACUUCCUGA